CACAAAUAAAUGCCGAUGUCUUGUUGUUAUCUUCGGAAGCCAUGUUGGCUGUGUGACUCAUGAUCAGGACCUGAAACAGCAACACUGAUUGAUCAGCUCUGAUCUAAAGAGUCAGGAAUGUUCCUCCUGCAGACAGAGCAGAAUGUGGGUUUAUCAGAAGCCUGUUUACUCUGUCUGCAACAUGUUGUUGUUGUUGAUGUUGAUGGCGACGGCUGCUGCUUAUAUCAUCAUUGUUGUCGUUCUCAGCCACGUUGUCCAAAUGACUCAGCUGACAGGUUCUGACAGGUUUCUUCUGAGAAGGCAAUUUAUAUCUUAAUUUUCUGCAUUAAAACUAUAUCUCUUUGAAUAUAUCCACAUCCAUUCAAGCAUGGGCAAACAGAUCAGGGGUUGCAUUUACAGACAAUUCUCUUUUCUCAUUUGAAAAUAAUUGUUUGUGACUGCGGGAUAUGGAUUAUACUGAUCACAUAAUAUUUGAGUCUUUCAAAACGAGAUACUGUCUGCACUAGCGUCUCUGCACUGUAUCAACUGAUGGAAAUCUCUGCUGCUUUUGCCCUUGUCCUGAUUCUCCUCCGUCCAUCAGAGCAGAAAAGUUCUUUGUGUUUCCUUUUCCUCUCCAGCUGCAGCCUCCUACAGUCUGCAUGGCAACCAGGCUGAAGCUCAGGCACAUUCAGAACCAACGACCAACCUUAAGACUGUUGUUUGCUGCAGAGCUGCCAAACUCUCUUUGUAUUACAGCUUUUUCCAAAGUUGCCCAAUGGAAGACUUUUAUGGACAAAUCCACUCUUAUCAGUGGGGAUCACAAACUGUAGCCUGCAGAGACUGACGGUGAUGCAAAAGGUUGAACACAGAUAUUAUUGAUAUUAUUCAGCCUCCUCAGGAACAGACAGUUCUGGUUCAGACAUCAGAAUUAGAACUCCUCAAACAUAUGGCUCGCUGCCUGGCCAAACAGUUGAAUAAGAAGAAGUGAUUUUGCAAGUUAGUGUGUGGAGUCAAACCAGCUACCUGGAAGACUGCAUGUCCCUCAGGGCUAAAGGAGAAAUCAGAUCUCCACCUCAAACCCCUCAGAUUCACACAGACCUCAUUUUUAUUCUUUAUUAUGUUCCAUUUUGUGCAGGUUUUACAAGAUACAUUAUACAUUAUUUUAUCAUAGGUCCCUUUUUUUGCUCCUGAAGGGUUUCCUCCAACUGUACUUUAAAUUUCAUUUUAAAGAUGAAAAUCAUUUUUGAAUGUUAUUUUUCUGCAAUGCAAUGAAUUUUAGAAGCCCUCAAUUUCCUAAAGCUUUUUGUAAUUUCGUAAAAUGUUUGUUUUCUACUGCGCAGUAAAGAUUUUUGUGUGGUGCAAGAAAUAUCACUGUUAUAAAGCUCAACGUUUAAUCACAUAUUAUAAAAGAUUCUUUCUAUAACAUAAAAAAGAUUUCACAUGCAGCAUUUUCAUUGUCAACCAUGGAAGCAAAAGUGGCUCAGUCUUAUUUCAUGUCUUUUAGAAGGAUUUCCUUGACUGACGUACUCAGGACCGGAGCUUUGAGACAUUGUUUUUAAUUUCAUUUUGAGAAGUAAUCAUUGUUAAUAUUACCUUUCUGUUACAGAGAGGAAAAAUUCCAUUUGAAAGUGUCUCCUCCUCCCUCCUGCUGAGGGUCAGUUUGUUUGUUUAAGGGUUUAAUAUUUAGCUCACACACACACUCUUUUUUUCUAACCGGAUGACUACCCUUGCUUUCAGAUCUGUAAACACACACUAACUCACCAGCUGAUUGAGAAAACUUUGGUAGCUCUGGUUAGGCUUCUGCAGAGGCUCUUUUACUGACCUGUUACAGACUGAUGCUCUGUCUGUCUGAGUGUCCGUCCAUGUGUCCUUCCUCUCUGUGUAUGUGAGCACUUAAAGGUCUUCCUCCUGUGGAUUCAUCCUCAGCAGCUUUCUACUCUGAGCGAUUGGAUAAACGACUGAGGAGAGAUGGGACCUCGUACAGCCGUGGCUCCUUCUAAGGAGGUGAAGGCGGUUACAGGCAGAAGAUGCGGAGGUCAGGGAGGAGCCCGGCUGAGGAGCAGCAGUGACGGCAGCAGAUACAGCAGGAGAGGAGUCGGCCUAGCCAACAACUCCUCCUCCUCCUCCUCUUCCUCCUCCUCCUCUCCAUUGCUCUCCAACCCCAAAUCAGUCUUGAAGAGACCAGUGAGCACCGAUGAGCUGCAGAGACCAGGAGGACCCUACAUCAAGAAAACAUUUACAAUUGUAGGCGAUGCAGUGGGUUGGGGGUUUGUGGUGAGAGGGAACAGACCGUGUCACAUCCAGGCUGUGGAGCCCUGCGGCCCAGCUGAUGCUGCUGGGAUGAAGGUUUGUCAGUUUGUGGUUUCGGUCAACGGGCUCAACGUACUCAAUCUGGACUACCGCACUGUCAGCCACCUGAUCCUAACAGGACCCAGAACUGUGGUGAUGGAGGUGAUGGAGGAGACCGACCACUGAGCAAUGAGAGAAACGCUGACUAAUAUGUGUGUCCUGUCGGAGGUUUUCUUCAAAGGACUGCAAGAACACAAUAAUUAAACAGGAAAUGACCUUGUUAGGAAUUACAUGGGAAACAUUCUGUUUUAGAUUAUUGUCAAGCUGAUGGAGAGCAUUUGUUUUCAGACUGGCUGGCUGAAGAAAUAACUUUAAGAUCAGAACUUGUGUCGAAUGGCAGCCACAUCUUCUGAAUAAGAAGCUUGUUAAGUUUUAAAUAACGUAAAGGCGCCCACAAAGAAGCCAGCAGUCUUUGUAGUCGCUCAUGACUCUCAGAAAAAGAAUUCUUGGAGGAGAAUCUGUCAACACAGUGUCGUCAAACAAUGAUAUUAUAAGAGUUAAUUCGUUGCAAGUAGCUUGAAGCUGUUUUCUCAACACAGCGUGGCCCUUUGGGUCUCAAACUCACAGUGCUAGUUUGGGAGUGGUGCACUGCUUGAAACAAGCAGCCAGCUUAUUGUUGGAGCCAAGCUAAACACUGAACCAAAUAUCCAAACAUGAUGGCUAAUCUGUUUGAAGCUGCUAAGUCACUGCAUGAAAAAGCUUUCCAAUUUCAUGCCCCUUGACUCAUCAGAAUUAUUACAUCUCUGUGGUUGAAUCAGAGUCACAAAGGGAAAUGAAAACAAAAUAUUGUGUGAAAGGACUCUUGGUGGGUUAUAAAAUAUAUUGUAUCUUAAGUCAAAGGUAUUUUUUUCAUGUGUCAGGAAAUAUUCCUUAGUUUCACAGACAUUUUUUAAAGGACCAGUGUGUAGGAUCUAGUGGUAUCUGGUUGCAUAUUGUAACCAGCUGAAUACCACUCGGCUCCCUCGUGUGUAGAAGAACGAAGGGCCCUAUCUAGAGUCAGUGUUUGGUUUGUCCGUACUGCUCUCCCCACCGACCAGUCGUCUGGGGAUUCCUGAAUGCAAAGUAGCUUCUUGAACAGCAGCGAGAACAAACAUAGCUUACCUGAAACAAUGCUCUCCCCCCAUUCUCCUCCGCAGUGAAACAAACUGGAGAUGAAGUGAAUCAUUUUUCCACAUGUCAUCGCCCUAAAGACUUUGGAUUAGUUCUGCUAUAAAGGGGUUUUUUUUUUUUUUAUGUUUCCAACCAGUUUCAGCAACAUAACUAGAAUAAAGUCCUUCAUCUCUAUUGAGCGAAGCCUUUAGAGACUGCUUGUGAGUCUAACUGGUCACAAAAAGGUGAUUAUACACAAAUAAAAACCUACUGAUGAAUAUUAUAUUCCAUUUCUGCCAGUAGAUCAUCACACUGGACCUUUAAGAAAACUAAAUGUAUUACGAAAAGGGGCAUCGUGUGACUUACAGCUCUGACUAUAGGCCAACAUUUCCCCAUGGCCUCCACUGUUCCUGGGGACUUGGUGUUUCUCUGUUGGCUACUAGGUGCUGCCACCUUGCUUGACUCACUUGAGCUCCACCCAGACAGCAAAUCUGCCCAAAUCUGUAUUUUUUGGCUCAGACUGUGGAUGGAUCUGUUAAGAAGGUUUGAGUAGCAGUAGGAGGCACUGUGUCAUUAUAACAACCCAGUUCUUUAAUUUAUUCCAAACUAGCUUUGUUGUAAAUUCUUUGCUUUUUAGUUUGAAAGAAUUUAAAAUAAAGAUUUCCCUGGCACACACCAAAUGUUUCUGACGGAAAAGAGAGAAGCUUUCAUGACCUGGACGGCCUCCUUAUUGUAAAUGAUCAUAGACAGGAGCAAAUGUACAUAUAUUUAUAAAAAAAAGUGCUUAUUUUAUGCAUUGUGACCCUGGAAGUAAUCGUGCUGUUGACAUCGCUCCAACAGUUGGUGUUUCCUUCAUUGGGGUGGUUUGGACUUUUAACCCCACGUGCCACCUCACUGCCUCCUCCACACACAAACACAUUACCUGCAUGUGUCACGGCAGCAUUUACGCACUCCUGCAUACACACACACACACACACACACACACACACACACACACACACACACACCUGGAAACACUGCACGCUGUGUUUGCUUUUCCAUCCACUCCUUGCGACGUCUGAUUCCCAGAAAGGAAGUGAGGAGUGUGAAGAUCGUGUGAGGUAGAUCAACAACUUUGAGAGGACGCAGACUUUAACUGAAGUGCUUUGUUUUGAAGUCUCUCCUCAGUUUCUCUUAUUGUUUUAUCUUUUUAUACCUUCUGUGCCGUAUCAGUUUUUACUUUGUGUUUGUGGGAUUCUUCUCCGUUCAUGUGUACAGUCGACUCUAGAGUUGUUAACGGUGAAAUGUCUCUCCGCAGACAGCGUUUUGCUCUCUGCAGGGUGAUUCUGCAGUGUGUCUUGUGGCUCCUCUUGUGUCUGUAAUGGUGGUUUUCAUGGAGGCCAUUAGUGGAAUUAUGUUGGAUAUUGUUUUAAAAUACCAGAUACUUUAUUAAGAAACUAAAUAUCAUUAUUAAAAAUAGGUCUCACUUGUACAAUACAGAAUUACAAGCAGAGAAUAAGCCUCUAAAAGCUUAUCAAAUAAUAUAAACAAUACCAAUAAAUAAACCUUUUUUAUUAUGAUUUUAAUUGCUUGUUUUACAUCAUCUUCUUCUGUAUUUUAUUUCUUCACGUUUGAAUUUGAUUGAUGUUGAUUAUUACACUGCAUUUCUCUAGUGAAUUACAAAUAAAAUAUAAACAAAGGCUU